CUUCAUAUUUGUCUUGUUAUUACCUUGCUUGCACAUAUCAACUUCAAGCAUUACUUAGAAAAUGAAGGAUCAACUAACAGAUUAGGAUCUCACUCUUGGAGACAAGAAAAAAGAUGAGCAAACAUCCAAGAAUUUAUUCUCAUAUUGGCAAAAAUGCAACAGAUCUUUUGUAUGGAGAUUAUAUCAGACAAUCGCCAAUUCAUUAUCACUACAAUUCGGUUGACUGGAACGUAUACUUCAAGUGUCAAGUUAGUGGCAUUGCACCUGGUCUAAGUGCACUACUCAAGUUGUGCAUACCAGAUCAAAGGUCUAAUAUGGUGGAGGUGCAGUACAUGAACAAUUAUUUUGGAGUUGCAACAGGCAUCAGUUUGACAAGAACCCCACUGUUAAGUCUAUCUGGUGUCACUGGAAUUGGAUUUUUCAACAUUGGAACUGAUAUCUCUUUUGAUACAGCAACGACUACACUCUCCGAAUACAAUGCUGGUUUGAGCUUCGAUACUGACAUUCUCACUGCUUCACUCUCCCUGAGCGAUAAAGCUGAUACUUUGAGAGCUCAAAUUUACGGGUCAAUUCUACCCUUAACAAACACUGGGAUUGCAGCUGAGUUAACACAUAGGUUUUUCAGCAAACAGACGACUCUAACACUGGGAGCUCAGCAUUGCCUGUUUCCUUUCAUGCUGAUUAAAGCUCGAGUUGCAAGUGAUGGCUGUUUGGGUGCUCUCGUCCAAAACAACAUUUUCUCAGCACUCUCUCUCACUAUUGCAACAGAGGUGAAUGUCAUGGAUGCCAUGAAACCUGUUAAAUUGGGGAUCACUCUGGCAUUUAAGCACUAAGUCACAACAUAGUACUCUCUCUCAGAGCCGUAUUUCCUACGACUAUUUAUGCAAGCUUAAGUCCAUAUCCUAGAAUUACUUAAGUCCAAAGGCGAAUUCAGAAUUUGAAAAUAAGUUCCUACAACGACCUCAAUUUAAUAUUACAAUAAGAAUUGGUUUUACAGUCAAAUAUUUACAGAUUA